AUGGAUUUCUUGAAAAAUAAAGACAAGAUUAGUAAUGAUGAUUAUUAUAUAUUUGGUAAACCAUGGCAAAUAUCAGACUUUAUUGCUAUUGAUGAUAUAGUAAGAGGUGGUAAAUCUCAAAGUUUUGUUGAAGCAAACCAAGAUAAAUCUGAAUUAAGGUUUUAUGGUAAUUUAGAUAUUGAAACUUUAGGCGGUGCAGGAUUUGCUUCACAACGUACAAAAUCAACAACCAAAACAUAUGAUUUAUCAUCAUAUAAAGGUUUAUUGAUUACUACAAAAUUAGGUGAUUCCAAGAUUUAUCAAAUAAAUUUAAAAGAUGUGCUUCCUCCUCCUCCUGAUGAUGAUGGCAAAGUACAAUCAACAAUUGAAUAUAGUUAUUUAUUUCGCGGGACUAAAGAACAAACAACAAAGUUUGUAAAUUUUAAAGAUUUUAAACCUUAUUAUCGUGGUAGACCUUGCUCUGACGAGGAUAGCAACAAUAAAUCUUUAAAUCUAACUAAUAUUAGAACAAUAGGUUUUAUGUGUGCUAGUUUAUUUGGUAAACAAUUCGGCGAUUUUACUAUUACUUUUGAUAGUAUUAUUGCCACUAGAAACACCAAUCAAUAA